AUGUCCCCUCUGUGCUCACUGUUGCUGGCCUUGGCCCUGGCGGCCGUCCCCGGCAUCCGAGGCGCCUGCCCGCAGCCCGCCGACCUCAAGAACGCCAACGGGACGCGCAUGUGCGCCAAGCUCUACGACAAGAGCGACCCCUACUACGAGCGCUGCUGCGGCGGCGCCGAGCUGUCGGUGCAGCCGGGCACCGACAUGCCCUACCUGCCCUCUGGCUGGGGGAACGUCGCCUCGUCCCUCGUGGUGGGCCAGCGCUGCGACCUCGUCGUGUGGUCCUCUCGCGGCAAGGCCGGCAAGAAGCACAAAUUCUCGACCGGCACCUACCCGCGCCUGGAAGAGUACCGCCGCGGCCUCUUCGGGGACUGGUCCAACUCCAUCUCCUCGCUCUACUGCAGGUGCCCGCCCGCUGGCCCGCGCCCGUAG